AUGGACAGGCAGCAUUUUAAGAGGCCGCCCAGCCGCGCCUCGGCCGAGAGGACCUCGCCGGCCACGGUCCCCAAUUGCAGAACCCCCUCUGGGAGGGAGUCAGCAGGCAGGACAUGGUUCCCCGAGGACUAUAUCUGCUGGGACAGGCGGACGCCACCCAAAACCAUCCUGCUCAACAAGUCUCGGAGCAGCCAGGCAGCUCUGGUGCCCCAGGAGCACCGGAAGUUCAUGGCGGAGGCCUACAACGCAGCCAUCUGCUACAAGAUGCUCCGGGACAUGAACAGCUCGGAUCCUCUGCACCUGAAGUACAUCAUCAAGAAGAUCAAGAAAAUGGCUCAGGCGUCUCCCAACCUGGUGAUGGAAACCAUCCACGACUACUUCAAAGACAAUCCACGGAUCUCCAACCGGCACAAGUUCCGGCUGUUUCAGGUCCUGGAGGCUGUCAUUGGAGCCAGUGACUCCCUAGGAGAGACCUGGGAAAAACACUUCACGCAGUUGGCCCUGGAGAACAUGACCAAGUCCACGGAGCUGGAGGAGACCUACCAGGACGCCGCCAGCAACGUGCUGGUGGCCAUCUUCCGGCACUCCUGGAAGACGGUAGCCCAGCAGCUGGAGGCGCAGCUCCUGAGCGGCCCCUUCCCGCACCGCAGCCUCAUCUAUGCAAUGAGCAAACUGUCGUCGCAGGAGGAUGAAGACCAGAGGAAACAGUGGGAAGAGCAGCUGGCGCAGAUAGCCCUCAAGUCCGUGGGGUUACUGAACUCAGAAAUGUGGUUCAAGGAGAUGCUAGAGGCCCUGUCCAGGCCUGGCUGGAGCCAGCAGGAGCAGUCCCCAGAGAAGGCCUUUCUGUUCACCUACUACGGGCUGAUCCUGCAAGCCGAGGAGGACAGCACCAAAAUCCGGACUCACCUGUGGGCCCUCCUGCAAUCGUCCCACCAGUGGCCCAGGCAGAGGGAGGGCAUGGCCCUCACCACCGGCCUGGCCGCUGCGCGCCACCUGGAUGACGUGUGGGCCAUCCUGGACCAGUUUGGGCAGAGCACGCCGAUGAAGUGGAGCCUGCACAGCUUCUCCUCGACGAAGCUGGAGGACCCCCAGUGGAAGUGGGCCAGCAGCACCCUCCUCCUCGCCUACGGCCAGGUGGCCGCCAAGGCCAGGACCCACAUCCUCCCCUGGGUGGACAACAUCCUGUCCAGAAUGGUCUUCUACUUCCGCUGCAGCACAUGGGACGACAUCCUGAAGCAGAGCUUCCUGACCGCCACCUCCAUGCUGCUGGCGGCCAUCUGCCGCAGCCAGGGCGCCCAGAGCUACGAGUUCUCCCAGACCGGCGAGCUCCUCGAGUGUCUGACGGUCCUGAUGGAGAAGGAGCCCCAGGACACGCUGUGCUGCCACAGCCGCCAGGAAGCCAUCACCAUCAUCACCAACCUUUGUGAGCUGAGGCCCCCCAUGGACACGGACCGGAAGUCGCGGCUGCUGUCCGCCUGCCUCCACAGUGUGUUUGUCCUUCCACAGUCUGACACCCUAGAGAAGCACACCUGCCAUUCCAGGGAGGCACACAACAUACAGGUCCUGUACCGGCAGACCACGGAGGCCCUGGACCACAUGCUGCAGAGUCUCUUCACGCAGAACCCCACCCCAGAUGAGCUGCACCUCCUGCUGUCGCACAUCUACGUGUGGCUGGCUUCAGAGAAGACGCACGAGCGCCAGCGGGCUAUUCAGAGCUGCGUGUGCCUCCUGGAGUUCGUGAACCACAACCACUACCUGGACGUGAGUGGGAACUUCGAGCGGAUCGGGCAGCUGGUGGGCAUGUUGGGGAUUCUGUGCCAGGAUCCGGAUGGCACCACCCAGUACCACAGCCUGGAAGGGGUGGGCCACCUCUACCAGCUCCUGACGCCCCAGGAAGAAGAGCCGUCCCAGGUGGAGUGGCCGAGCGCCCAGGAGCCCUCUCAGACCCAGGCCGACAGAGCCACCCUCUGGAGCAAUGGAGACCAAGGGGCCGCCACCCUGGUCCCCCAGGAGACGGCUCCCCAGAAGGAACACGUCUUCCAGCUGGGCAGCUCCCAUGCCAUCAAGGUGCUCAUAGGGCGCCUGGCCAUGGCGGAGCUGACGGACCUCGUCUGGACGGUCAUCGACGGCCUGGGCUCUGUCGGCCCGUUCCGCGUGCAGGCGGCCGCCCAGCUGCUGCUCUCUGUCAUCCAGGAGCAUGGAGACAAGCUGGAGACCGUGGCUGAGAUGGGCCAGGCCAUCCACCAGCACCUGUGCACCAUGGGUAACGCCCCAGCCAAGGAGCAGGCCUUGCAGGCCGUCACCCUGCUGGCCCGGAACCACACCCCGGAGCUGGUGGCCGCCUUCCUCGACUUCUCCAUCCCGCUGGACAGCCACGCCUUCCGCCUGUGGAGAGCCCUCGGGGCCGAAGAGCCGGUGAGCAGCCUGGUGCUGGCCGUGCUGCUCACCUGGCUGCGGGUGCGGCCUCUGCCCUCCAGCCCCAGGGGCAGUCCGCUGCCCAGGGAGAUGACCUACCUGCGCUCCCUGGCGGCCAUGAACACGCUGCACGAGCUGCAGUUUGCCCGCGAGUUCAAGAAGGCGGUGCGGGAGGCCUACCCCGAGCUGUUCCUGGCGCUCCUCACCCAGGUCCACUACGUCCUGGAGCUGAACCUGCCCACCGAGGCCCUGGCAAAGCAGCCGGAAGGGGAGGCCGCCCCCAGCCCCCAGAGGUGCAGCACGUCCGUGGAGGCGCUGAAGAGCCUGCUGUCCACCACGGGGCACUGGCACGAGUUCGCCCACCUGGAGCUGCAGGACACCUGGGAGUACUUCACCUCCAUCCAUACCUACGACCAGGGCGUGGGCCUCCUGGCCAGGGCCAUGGUGCAGAACCACUGCCGGCAGGUGAAGGCGCUGCUGGGCCACCUGCUGCCCCGCCUGCAGAGCCGGGAGGAGCGGGAGAGGAAAGCGGCCAUCUUCAUCUUCAUCGAGUUCCUCUACAGCCCCACGCUGCUCGAGGUGCUUUCCAGAUAUCAGGCGCUGACCAUCCUGGCGCAAGGCCUGGAGGACCCCAGCCUCAAGGUCCGCGUGGUCAGCCUGCAGGGCCUCGGAAACAUCCUCUUCCACCCCGAGAAGAGAAGCCUGCUCCGCAGACAGAUCCCACCCUUCCUGGCCGGCUUCUUCCACAAGAGCGAGUCCAUGGUGGUGGGUGUCAUGAAAACCGUGUCCGACGUGCUGCGCCGCCUCGGAGCCCAGGGCGCGGGGGCCCCGAGCCUCAGCGUCGCCAUCAACGCCCGCUCCUUCUUCGAUGACGAGCGGGACGCGAUCCGCGCGGCGGCCAUGGCCCUGUUUGGCGAGCUGGUGGCGACCGUGGCGGGCCGGGAGCUGCGCGGGCUCCGGACGCAGGUGUGCCAGAGCAUGCUGCCGCUGCUGCUGCACCUGAAGGACCAGUGCCCGGCCGUCGUCACGCAGGCCAAGUUCGCCUUCUACCGCUGCGCGGUGCUGCUCCGCUGGCCGCUGCAGCACACGCUGUUCUGCACGCUGGCCUGGGAGCGCGGCCUCAGCGCCCGCCACUUCCUCUGGACCUGCCUGAUGACCCGCAGCCAGGAGGACUUCGGCAUCCACCUGAGCCAGGCGCUCAGCUACCUGCACAGCCGCCACCGCCACAUCAAGACCUGGGCGGCCCUCUUCAUAGGGUACACCACCUGCUACCACCCCGAGGCCGUGUCCCAGAUGACCAAUGACAUCGAUGGAAGCUGCUGUUUUGCAGUAACUUUCGAGGACCUCAGAAAAGACCCAGAACCAGGCAUCCGGGAAUUUGCCAGCAGACUGCUGUCCUUCUUCCGGGAGGUGUCAGCCAGGCCCCAGAGUGACGUCCAGCCGCCUCCCCACCCGCGCCCGCAGAGCAGCCCCGACGCUCGCCGAGCUUGGUUGUAUAACAUUUUUCCCCUUGAAAGAAAAGUCUAG